UACACUCAAAAAGUAAAGAAAAUUACUCUCUUGCCUUGUAUCUUUCUCGUUCAAUUUCUUUCCCCACCUCCCAUUUAUAUAUAUAUAUAUAUACAUAGCUAAGCUAUUACACGCACUAAACCUCCAACAAGCAAAACUAAGAAUGGACAAGUUAAGCAAGUGUGAUGCAAAUUAUGCAGCUCUUACACCAAUAACUUUCUUGAAAAGAGCUGCAAUGUGUUAUGCAGAUCGUGCGUCUAUAAUCUAUGGUCAAUCUCGUUUCACUUGGAGUGAAACUUAUGAUCGUUGCCGUCGCCUUGCUUCUUCCCUUCACUCCCAGCUUCGUCUUUCCAAGAACGAUGUGGUAUCAGUCUUGGCCCCAAACAUACCAGCAGUAUAUGAGAUGCAUUUUGCAGUGCCAAUGGCUGGAUGUGUGCUAAACACCAUAAACAGCAUGUUGGAUGCUAAAACUAUCAAAACUAUCCUCUGCCAUUCAGAAGCUAAGAUUCUGUUUGUAGACUAUGAGUACAUUUCUUUGGCUUGUCAAGCGUUGCGCCUUCUGAAGACCGAAGAGAAACCAUCAUUCUUACCAUCCAUAAUUCUCAUCAAUGAAAUUGGUUUUCCCAUGGAAAACAAUGGUGGAGAUAUCAGACAAGGUGAGCUCAAAUACGAGCAACUAUUAAUGACAAGCAACGGCGAUUUGGUGACUGAGUCCUCUCUUCCUUUGGUGGAUGUUGAUUUGCCCUUAAGCUUCAAUCUUGAGCGUCGUCAUAAUGUUUUGGAAUAUGAACAAUUGAUUGCAAUUGGGAAUCCCAAUUUUAUGCCUGUUAAGCUGGACGAUGAGUGGGAUCCAAUAGCUCUCAAUUACACCUCUGGUACAACAUCUGCACCAAAAGGAGUGGUUUACAGUCAUCGCGGAGCCUAUCUUAGCACUCUAAGCAUGGUGUUAGGGUGGGAGAUGGGAACUGAACCUGUUUAUUUGUGGUCCUUACCCAUGUUUCAUUGCAAUGGAUGGACCUUUACAUGGGGGGUUGCUGCUCGAGGUGGGACUAAUGUUUGUAUCAGGAAAACAACUGCUUCCGAGAUCUAUCGUAGCAUUGCAUUACAUGGGGUUACACACAUGUGUUGCGCACCUAUUGUGUUCAACAUUAUUCGCGAGGCAAAACCACAUGAGCGUGUUCAGAUUAAAUCUCAUGUUCAAAUCCUUACCGGUGGGGCUCCUCCGCCUGCUGCAUUGCUGCUGGAGAUGAAAGAGUUGGGGUUUCAUGUGAUGCAUGCUUAUGGGCUCACAGAGGCAACAGGGCCUGCUUUAGUGUGUGAGUGGCAAAAUCAGUGGGAAGCUUUACCAAAUGACGAUCAAGCACGGUUAAAGGCGCGUCAAGGAGUUGGUGUCCUCAGCAUGGCAGAUGUUGAUGUUAUGGACAUGAAAACAAAGCAAAGCGUGCCUCGCAAUGGCAAAUCAAAAGGGGAAAUUGUACUCCGUGGUAGUGGUAUAAUGAAGGGAUAUCUAAAAAAUGAGGAAGAAACAUCUAAGGCUUUUAAGGAUGGAUGGUUUCAUACAGGUGAUGUGGGUGUCAUUCACCCUAAUGGGUAUGUAGAGAUAAAAGACAGAUUGAAAGAUGUGAUUAUAUCCGGUGGGGAGAAUAUUAGCAGUGUGGAGGUGGAAACAGUGAUUUUCCGCCAUCCGAAGGUGUUGGAUGCAGCGGUUGUGGCAAUGCCUCACCCACGCUGGGGUGAAAGCCCCUGUGCUUUUGUAGUGAAGAAAGUGAAAAAUGAGAAUUUGACGGAGCAAGAGAUCUUGGUGCAUUGUAGGAGUAACCUUCCACACUAUAUGGUACCUAAGAAAGUAGUGUUUCUAGAAGUGAUACCUAAAACCGCCACUGGGAAACCAAAAAAGGAUAUAUUGAGGGAUGAGGCAAAGAAAUCCAACGCAUUAACCUUGAAAAAUGAUCAUCAAAUAGACCAAACCAUAACCUUGUCACGCCUAUAGUCCUGUUUUGCUAAACUUCUAUGUGUUUUAUCUUGUUGUAACAGUCUUAGAGAAACUUCGUUGUACAUAAAUUUUUCUUUUUGUUCUUUCAGUCGUUGAAGUUUCUUAGAGUGCUUGUAGUCACAAAUCUAUAUGCAACUUGGGGACCUGCCUGCAUAGCUUGACAUUUCUCAAAAGAAAGUGAUUCGUUUCGAGCAUGCUCUGCCUCGUCCUUUGAGACAUAAUCCUUGAUACAUUUUCUAUUGGACAAGUAUCACCAUGAACAAUAGCAAGAAGUCUCCUUCACAA